AUGGUCGGCAAGAUGGUGAAGCAGAGGGCUGGCCAUCGUGGCAACUCGACUAGGUCGAUUCUCAUUGGACUAGCAAUCAGUCUUGCUGGAUUCGUGUAUGGUAUCGACACAGGCAUCAUUGCUUCGACCAUCGCUCAGACGACCUUCAAACUUUACAUGUACGGCCCAUCAAUGGACAAUGUGUCCGUGCGAGCAGGCAUCGUAUCUGGAUACUACGCAGGAUACGCCUUUGGCAGCGGUGGUUCCGCUUACUGCAUGGACAAAUUAUCCCGUCGCUGGACACUACUCUUUGGAGCGUGUGUCAGCGUCGCAGGAGCCGUGUUGCAGACCGCCGCCGUGAACCCGGCCAUGAUGAUUGUGGGUCGUGCCUUCUCGGGAUUUUCGACGGGUAUGGUCUAUCCGACGGCCCCUGUGUACCUUGCCGAGCUCAGCCCUCCAGAGAAUCGCGGAUUUCUUGUUGGCUUGAAAGGGUUGAUGAACACUCUCGGCUUCUUUGUUGCUGGAUGGGUGGGCUAUGCAGGCUCGUUUGCGGUUGGUGAACUACAGUGGCGUAUCCCUCUAGCCACACAGAUUCCGCCUGCACUGUGCCUCGCCAUCAUGACAUUUUUCCUGCCCUACUCUCCGCGAUGGUUGGCUAUGAAAGAGCGAUACGACAACGCCAAGAAGGUCAUGUAUUCUCUUCACGCCCACAGAGGUGCAGAAACGAUAGAGCAAGAGUUCGCCGAAAUGAUCAGCCAAAUUCAACUCGAAGCAAACAAGAAGAAAAUUUCCAACUUCUGGAACCUGUUCACACGCCAGUACAUCCGCAGAACUUUGCUAGCUUGCUUAACAGUCAACAUGAUGAAACUGUCAGGGUCCAACAUCAUCCAGAACUACCAGUCCGUUAUGUAUAAUUCUCUUGGGUACGAGGGCCAGACUGUACUCCUAAUCGGCGGGUUAUACGGCUUCAUGGCUGUUAUCGGCCAGAUCAUCAACGUCUUCUUCGUUGCCGACCACUGGACGAGACGCAUCACUGUUAUAUCCGGGAGUUUUACGCUCGCCUUCCUCCUAGCGGUCUUGACGGCGUUGUCGAAACUUUUCCAAGACGACUCCAAUCCCGCCGGGUCCCGUGCUGGUGUUGCGUUCAUAUUCUUAUUCGCUUUUGCGUACUCAUUCUUCUUUAACAGUGUGAAUUGGGUCUUGGUAGCAGAGAUCUUUCCUCUCGACCUCCGUGGCGUCGGCGUUGGCUUCUCGGUCUUCACACAGGCUGUUACGGCAAUUUGGUUGUCUUACGCGGCAUCACUCGCGUUCGAUGCCAUCGAGUGGAAGUUUUACUUCGUCUUUAUUGCCUGCAACGCCUUUGCGGGGACCGUCUAUUUCUUUUUCCUGCCCGAGACUCGCUUUUUGUCACUUGAAGAGGUGGCUGCCAAGUUCGGGGACGAGAUCGUCAAUCCCGGAACCAAGGACCCGGAGCUAAAUCGGUUUGAGCAAGAUGCGGCGGAUAUCAAGAGGCAGCCUAAAAUCUCUUCAGACCACGUUGAGGAUUCGAGAAGAUGA